CUCUCCGUUUGCAGCACAUGUCACUGACCACCAGCCUCUAUGUGUUUCGUCUGUGUCAGCUGCUGUGGUUCACACAUUGUCAUUGGUAUACUUCCUCUUCAUUUCUUAGAAAAGGGCAGACAGGAGGUAGCUCUGUACCUGCACACUUUAGACUGCUAAAAUCGACAUAAUCUGCAUUCUUUCAAACACCACACAUCAGGAGUUUGACUCAGAAACAGAAGCAAGAUGGCUGAGCAAAAAUGGAUUUCUUUAUUUAUUUUAGUGCUGUUUCAGUUUGCUGCAGCAGCUUACAAAAAGAAUCUCACUGCCAGAGUUGGAGAUGAUAUCUCUCUGCCUUGUGAUAAUGCCAGAAAAGAAAAGCAAGAGUGCAAAUACACCGCCUGGGUCUUCACUGGUUUAAAUAACAAACCAGUACGGCUGGUGACAUUCGGGCAGUUUGGUGAAUUCGCAGCAGAAAGCAAAUUAGCCAGACUGAAUGUCACAAAGGACUGCUCUCUGCGUAUAAGGACUGUCACAGAGGAGGACGCUGGUCUUUAUGAAUGUGUACAGUACACUGGCAAAGGAAAGCAAGAUUCUGAUGUUGUCUUAAAUCUGACUGUUAUAUCAGGUGAAGAAACUCAAGACACUCACUUCGAGAAAACUGAGAAAAGCUCAAAAACAGGAAACGCCACAGACCCGUCUACACUCUCUGAAGACUCAACAGAACUCAGACAAGGCUGCUCUGUUCUGGAUGUGGCCAUGUUUGCUCUGCGUGUGGCUGAACUCCUGAUGGUCUCUGUGCUCACUGUCCUUCUCUUCAGAACUCGAGGAAACAAGAGACCGCCUGAUGUCAACACUGUGUAUUGUGAUAGAGUGAGCUAUGAAAAGGAUGGAGAACCUUCUUCUUCUGUCAGACUCCACUGAUCAACAACACUCAUAAAAAACAUCAACUCAAACCAUUUCAAUGUUAAUUUAAUGUUGUCUUUUAGUAAUCAUUUAGAAAAAUCUUUCCUUUUUUACCAGUUCUGGGUGUUUUCAGGAAGAUAUGAUUGUUUAGACCUCACUGUAAUCCCUCUAUGUGAAGACUUUUUAAAUAAAUGUUCAUUCAUUUGUUCCUUCAA